GGUCCUGCGGCCUUAGGCCGCCUCAUUGCCCAACAGGCAGCUGGGGGCGGGCCACGGCCACUGAUUAAAGGCUGCCUAGAGCAGCCUGUGUGGAGACAGGUGCCCAGCAGCCCAGGAAGCCAGCCAGCACCCGCUCCAGCUUUAGGCUUUGCUGUCCCUGUGAGUACAUCACCAUGUCCGAGGUACCCCGGGCCGAGACUUUCGUCUUCUUGGAUCUGGAAGCCACUGGGCUCCCCAGUAUAGAUCCAGAGGUGGCUGAGAUAUCCCUGUUUGCGGUGCACCGCUCUUCCCUGGAGAACCCAGACCAAGAUGAGUCUGGUGCUCCAGUGCUGCCCCGGGUCCUGGACAAGCUCACGCUGUGCAUGAGUCCAGAGCGCCCUUUCACCGCCAAGGCCAGCGAGAUCACCGGCCUGAGCAGCGACAGCCUGGCCCGGUGCCGGAAGGCCGGCUUUGACAACGCUGUGGUGCGGACACUGGAGGCCUUCUUGAGCCGCCAGGAGGGCCCCAUCUGCCUUGUGGCCCACAACGGCUUUGAUUAUGACUUCCCUCUGCUGUGCACAGAGCUGCGGCGCCUGGGCGCCCACCUGCCCCCGGACACCAUUUGCCUGGAUACACUGCCCGCGCUGCGGAGCCUGGACCGCGCCCACAGCCAUGGCACCCGGGCCCAGGGCUGCAAGGGUUACAGCCUGGGCAGCCUCUUCCGCCGCUACUUCCAGGCAGAGCCGAGUGCAGCCCACUCAGCCGAGGGCGACGUCCACACCCUGCUCAUGGUCUUCCUACACCGCGCUGCUGAGCUGCUCGGCUGGGCUGACGAGCAGGCCCGAAGCUGGGCCCACAUCGAGCCCAUGUAUGUGCCACCUGAUGGCCCGAGACUUGAAGCCUGAGUGCCAGGGCCUCGGUGAGACCAUCAUCGAGGGGGAUGAGGCCCACUCUCAGCACCGUGGGCAGCACCAGCUUUGACCAUUCAGUCGGGCUCCCCAUUCUCUUAGCCAGCUAGCCCCGGCUCUGUGCACUUGCCAGGCCUCCUCCUGGCCCUGACCUACGUAGCCUUGUAGCCCCUGGACUGUGCUCUAGUGGUUUGCUGCUACAGGCUCCCGCCCUUCAUGUGGUCUCUCAAUAAACAUCAACAACACUCA